AUGAAGCCGCAACAGACAGUGUUGGUGUUCAAGCCGUCGCUGAAGAAGGAAAGCGACCGCAAAGCACAGCUCGCCACCAUCCAGGCGUCUCGCGCGCUGAGCGAGGUCAUAAGGACAACACUGGGUCCCCGUGCAAUGCUCAAGAUGAUGUUAGAUCCAAUGGGAGGUAUCGUGAUAACAAACGACGGUAACGCCAUUUUGAGGGAGAUCGAUGUCGCAAAUCCAGCUGCCAAGAGCCUUAUCGAACUGAGCAGGUCACAGGAUGAAGAAGUAGGGGAUGGUACUACCAGUUGUGUGAUACUCAGUGGACAGAUGCUCGCUAAUUCAGAGCCACUGUUGAAGCGCGAGAUACACCCCUCGAAGAUCGUAGAGGGUUAUAUGGAGGCGCUAGAAGAUGCCCUGGCGGUCAUGGAUGCUAUCGCCACAAAAAUUGAUCUGAAUAAUGAAGAGGCUGUGAAGGAUGUAAUACAGUCAAGCCUUGAGACAAAGUUCUCAAGCAGGUGGGGAAAUCUUAUCGCCUCCCUUGCACUUAGCGCUGUACAAAAGGUCAAACUCACAAGACCAGAUGGACGCACAGUUAUAGAUAUCAAGAGAUACGCCAAGGUAGAAAAACUACCUGGGGGCAUGCCGGAAGAUUCAGUUGUUCUUGAUGGUAUACUCGUAAAUAAGGAUGUGACACAUCCAAGCAUGGCACGAAGGGUGGAAAACCCACGUGUACUCAUAUUGGAUUGUACACUUGAGUAUAAGAAAGGGGAGUCGCAAACAAUUGUAGAUAUCUCAGAUGAAGCCGGAUGGGCCAAGCUUUUGGAACAGGAAGAAACUGAGAUAUUCAACAUGUGCCAAAAUAUUAUACAAACCGGAUGUAACGUUGUAGUCACGGAAAAAGGAGUCUCUGACCUCGCUCAACAUUUCCUGUCCAAAGCAGGUAUCAGCUGUAUAAGGAGGGUAAGAAAAACAGAUGCCAAUAGGUUGUCCCGUGUUACCGGAGCUACUAUCGUAAACCGCACAGAGGAACUACUACCAAGCGACGUAGGUACAGGAUGCGGACUAUUUGAAGUCAAAAAAAUAGGUGACGAAUACUUUUCGUAUUUCAUUCAGUGCAAAGACCCAAAGGCAUGCUCAAUCGUUCUACGCGGAUCCUCCAAAGAUGUACUAAACGAAAUAGAACGCAACCUCCAGGAUGCUCUAAAUGUAUGCCGAAAUAUCAUGCUGGAAGGAAAGCUGCUACCAGGAGGUGGUGCCACGGAAAUUGAAGUGGCAUGCCGCUUAGCAGCGAAACUUGAUAGCAAAGCGGGUCUCAAGAGAUGGUCAUAUCGUGCUGCUGCCAAGGCCUUCGAGGUCAUACCGAAGACAUUGGCACAGAACUGUGGUGCCAACCCAGUCCGUAUCAUUACAGAGUUGACAUCAAUGCACGUUGCAGGGAAUGUCAACGCCGGACUUGACGGCGAGACCGGAGAGAUAUGUGAUACUAUGAAAAAGAGAAUAUUCGACACCUACACAGUUAAGGCACAGAUAUUCAAGAGUGCUAUCGAAGCAGCGUGUAUGCUACUACGUAUAGACAUGAUCGUUUCGGGUAUCGGUAAGCGCGAAGAGCCCUCAACUGGCGAGAAACUGGCAAUGAACGAAGAAGCAUUGGACGCACAAGGUUAA